AUGUUCAGCUCGACGUGGGCAUCCUCCUCCUCGGCGCCCUCUACGCCGCUGCACCCGCCUCCCGACGCCUACGACCUGGCGGAGGAGUACGGCGCCGAGGCUGCGGCCAAGCUGUCGCGCAUUUUGCAGGCUCUGGAGGCCGCGGGCUUCGCCAAGGCGCGUGUGAACUCGUACUCGGCCUUCGACCGCGUACUCAGCGGCGUCACGUGGCUGCUGCAGCGCGUCGUGCGGCGCGAGGACGCGGACAAGGGGCGCGUGCAAUGGAACGUUCUGUUUCAGUCGCACGACAAGAUGAAGCCUCGUCUGGGGCUGGCCCAGGAGGCCGUGCGCUGUGUGGAGGCGCUGGCCUACGCAUGCCCCGUGGCGAUCCAGCCGCACCAGCUGCUGCUGCAAGACUUCGGAGACAUCGAGACCGUGCAGAAGCUGGUGACGUGGCUGGUGGAGGAGGCUAAAGAGUCCCAACAUUUGGAAAAGAUCCGGCGGGAGAGAGAGUUCCUGCAGGUUAUGAGCCCAGGAGAACAGGUUACGCCUUUGAAGAAAGAGGUCGCGUUUCUAUUGGACACCUACGCGCCCCGACGACGCUGGCAAUAUGUUGCAGCUGACGGAGAGCAGGAGGAGACGGAGGACGCAAUGCUUCAACGCUGUUUGUUGGAGUACGGAGAGAGAGUUACAGUCGCGGUGGAUGAUAACGAGGAUCCGACGGUGGAUAUGCCAGAGCAAGGUAAAGACCAAGUGGACUUCAUGGCUCAGAUCGCUAGUCAAGCUGCGGCGAUUGCGUCAGGGGGCGCGUCCAAGCCUCGAGGUGGAAGUAUGAGAGGACUGAGGAGGACGAAGCGCGGCGACCCACAAGCCGCAGAGUUUGAUCGACAGUAUCAAAAGGCGAUGAAGCAAGCGAAGGAGGAGCAGCAGGCGUUGUUGAGUAAGCGUCGCGAGCGUGAAGCCAAGUUGCUGCAGAGAGUGGAGCACGAGGUUCAGGUGCAGCAGUUGAUUCAGGAGAAGAAGAGCCUGGAUGCCAAGUCGACGGAGACUAAAGCCCGCGCGGCAGCUCUGGAUGAAGCGCUGUCUGCUGUUAAACAGGAGUUGGAGGAGCUGGAAGCACAAACUCCGAAGGACGAGAACGCUCAAGUGCACCUUGCUAAACUGCGCGAGUUGGUGAUGAAGAAUGAGACGCUCAAGCGCGAGAAGAACGAGUUCCGAGCGAAGUGCCGACUGGAGUUGGAGGCGCUGAAGGAGCGGAUUGAGAAGCUGAAGGUGCAGGUGGCAGCAGAUGCGAACAACCAGGACGAGGAAGCUCUGCGCUUGAACGAGAUCGAGCAGAUGCACGCGCAGAUGGCCCAGAAGCACAAGGAGAUGAAGCUUGCGGCAGCGAAGCAAACCCGAGCGUUGCACCUAAAGAUGAAGCAGAUCGACGAAAUUCCUACCAGGAUCGAGCUCGUUCAGUACGAGAAGCGAUUCGUGGAGCUCUACGACGAAGUGGCGCUGACGCUGGAUGAAACGCGGAAAUACUACUGCGUGUACAACACACUGAAGACCACGCAUGAGUUUCUCGAAAAAGAAAUCUCGCUCAUCAACAGCAUCAACGAGAAUUUUGACGUUGCGAUGGGGUCCAAGGCAGCAACGCAGGCGUUCUUCAUGCAGGUUGAGAACAUUAUUCAGAAUGUCCAGGGUACUGUAUCCAAGCAACAACUUGCUCGAGACGACCACCAGUUCAGCGUCGAGACUUUGGACAGCAAGUACCAGUUGCUGCUCGAGCAGGAGCGAAUGUACGUGAAUGCCAUCCGCGAGUUCCAGAAGGAAUGCGAGAAGAACGAGAAGUUGGUGGCCAGGCUGGAAGAGCUGGGACAGCGCUAG